CCGCUCCUCCAUGCGCCCCGACCGGCAGCGCAUCGCCAAGCUGAAGCUGCAGUUCGACGACUCGCUGACGCGCACCUUCGAGUACCCCUCCGAGACGUCGCUGUGCGAGGACUCGCCGCAGGAUGCGCCCUGUCCGGCGCCCAGCCCGGCGCCAUCUCCGGCGCCCACUCCGGCGUCCUGCGCGGCGCCCAGUCCGGCGUCCUGCGCGGCGCCCGCCGCCAGCACGCUCGCCGCCAACACUCACCUCGGUAAGGGCACAUGUUCGCGUAAUGAUUUGAAAGUGCAGGAUUACCCGGCCGGUGUUUCAAUGAUCACGCUUAUAAUAAACAUCAAACAAUGAAAUAACUCGGCUGCAGACACGUGAUAAGUCCGUAUGAUCGCACUGGAUAUUAUUUCUAGGUGUUCAUAUUUUAUAGGAUCGCGGUAAGGACGCGUCGUGUAAAUGGAGGACUUAAAUAGAUUUUCAACUUUUCAUUUAUAUGAAACACGUUUAGUUAAUAAAUAGCAGAAAACAAAAAUAUAAUUUGAACGUACACGUGCAUGAAGUGAGGCCGCGACGCACCUCGUCCCUGCGGCUGCGCGCGCGCA